GCCACGCGCCGCUCCUCUCCCCGCUGCAGCCGCGCAGCUCGCCGAUCACCAGCGAAGGGCUCUCGCCGAACCCCUGCGAUCCGACGCGAAGCGCCGAUUGGACGGCCGGGGGCAAGGAUCGCACGGCUGGAGCAGCCUCUCGUCGCUCACUGGCUGGCGCCGCCUCUGGGCGCGCGCUGAUUGGCGGGAGGGGAACCCCCUGCGCGGGAGGCUGUUGGAAGCCGCGGCGCUUGCCUAGGCAAGCAAGUUCUCUCGGGCACAUGGUCGGGAACAAGCGGCGAGGGCUUCGCCGCUGCAGCGCCGGCCGUUUGGAUUAAAGGCUCCUGGCAGCGGCUGAGCGAAAACCGAAAGGGCGGGGAAAUUAAAACAAACAAACAAAAAUCAGGGAGAAGAAAAAAAUGAAGUUUGGCAAAGUGGAGUUCUGCCAUUUUUUGCAGAUAAUAGCUCUUUUCCUCUGCCUUUCUGGGAUGAAUCUAACCGAACUCUCAAGAUCCACGUCAAAGCCCUACUUCCAGUCUGGGAGGUUACGAACCAAGCGCAGCUGGGUGUGGAAUCAGUUCUUUGUACUGGAGGAAUACAUGGGAACCGAUCCUCUCUAUGUAGGCAAGCUUCACUCUGAUGUUGAUAAAGGAGAUGGCUCAAUCAAAUACAUCUUGUCAGGCGAAGGAGCAAGUUCCAUUUUCAUUAUAGACGAGAACACAGGAGAUAUCCAUGCUACAAAGAGGCUCGAUCGGGAGGAACAGGCCUACUACACUCUUCGAGCACAAGCGCUAGACAGAUUGACAAGUAAACCCGUGGAGCCUGAGUCAGAAUUUGUCAUUAAGAUUCAGGACAUCAACGACAACGAACCUAAAUUUCUGGAUGGCCCUUAUACUGCUGGAGUACCGGAAAUGUCUCCUGUGGGCACCUCUGUGGUACAAGUAACAGCUACUGAUGCAGAUGACCCAACAUAUGGCAACAGUGCCAGGGUGGUUUACAGCAUUCUUCAAGGACAGCCUUAUUUUUCUGUGGAACCAAAGACAGGUGUUAUCAAGACUGCUCUGCCCAAUAUGGACAGAGAAGCAAAAGACCAGUAUCUACUUGUCAUCCAAGCAAAGGAUAUGGUUGGUCAAAAUGGUGGACUGUCUGGGACUACUUCAGUCACUGUCACGCUUACAGAUGUCAAUGACAACCCUCCCCGUUUUCCACGAAGGUCAUAUCAAUAUAAUGUCCCUGAGUCUUUACCUGUGGCUUCAGUGGUGGCAAGACUAAAGGCUGUGGAUGCUGAUGUGGGACCUAAUGCUGAAAUGGAAUAUAAGAUUGUGGAUGGCGACGGCUUGGGAGUGUUCAAAGUUUUAGUGGACAAAGAGACACAAGAAGGAAUUAUUAUGAUACAGAAGGAGCUGGAUUAUGAAGCCAAAACUAGCUAUACCUUGAGGAUAGAAGCGGCAAACAAGCAGAUUGAUCCUCGUUUUCUAAGCCUUGGCCCCUUCAGUGAUAUGACAACAGUGAAGAUCAUUGUGGAGGAUGUCGAUGAGCCUCCUGUAUUUACCUCCCAUCUGUACUCCAUGAUAGUGUCUGAAGCAGCCAAAGUGGGCACCAUCAUUGGAACUGUAGCAGCUCAUGACCCAGAUGCCUCUAACAGUCCAGUCAGGUACUCAAUAGAUCGAAACACAGACCUGGAGAGAUAUUUCAAUAUUGAUGCCAAUAGUGGGGUCAUUACAACAGCAAAGCCUUUGGACCGGGAGACAAAUGCAGUUCAUAACAUCACUGUGUUAGCAAUGGAGAGCCAAAACCCUUCGCAGAUUGGGAGAGGAUAUGUAGCCAUCACUAUUCUUGACAUCAAUGACAAUGCUCCUGAGUUUGCCAUGGAUUAUGAAACAACUGUCUGUGAAAACGCAGAGCUUGGCAAGGUAAUUCAGAGAAUCAGUGCCGUUGACAAAGAUGAUCCACCCAGUGGCCAUCAGUUUACCUUCAGUUUGACAGGAGAGGCUGCAAAUAACCACAAUUUUACACUGCAAGAUAACAAAGAUAACACAGCAUCCAUAAUAACCAGAAGGAAUGGAUUUCGGAGGCAGGAGCAAUCUGUUUACUUUUUGCCAAUAUUCAUUGUCGACAGUGGCUCUCCUUCACUCAGUAGCACCAAUACCCUUACUAUCCGAGUAUGUGAUUGUGAUGCUGAUGGUAUCGCUCAAACAUGUAAUGCGGAGGCCUAUAUCUUGCCAGCAGGGCUUAGCACUGGAGCAUUAAUAGCAAUACUGGCUUGUGUCCUGACCUUGCUAGUGCUUGUCCUGCUGAUUGUUACAAUGAGAAGGCGGAAAAAGGAACCCCUCGUUUUUGAUGAAGAGAGAGAUAUCAGGGAAAAUAUAGUCAGAUAUGAUGACGAAGGAGGUGGAGAAGAAGACACAGAAGCCUUUGACAUGGCUGCCUUGAGGAACCUAAACAUCAUCCGAGACACCAAGACCAGGAGGGAUGUGACUCCGGAGAUCCAGUUCUUGAGUAGACCAUCCUUUAAAAGCAUCCCAGAUAAUGUCAUUUUUAGAGAAUUUAUUUGGGAGAGACUAAAAGAGGCCGAUGUGGAUCCUUGUGCACCCCCCUAUGAUUCCCUGCAGACAUACGCAUUUGAAGGAAAUGGAUCAGUGGCUGAGUCACUCAGCUCUUUAGAUUCUAUCAGUUCAAACUCUGAUCAGAAUUAUGAUUACCUCAGUGACUGGGGGCCUCGUUUCAAACGACUUGCAGAUAUGUAUGGAACUGGAGCAGAAAAUUUGUAUUCAUAGCCUUCAAACCUUUCUAUGACAAUGCACUAAAGAAAAAGAAAUUAAAAACUCAAUAUUUGGACUAAUGAAAAUCUGUAAAUAUUUUCUCCAUUUUUAACCUUUUGGGUUUUCUUGCCUUGGUGAAACAUAUCUUCAUUAGAACUUUGUCCUAGGGACUGCACUGAACACACAGAUUCUGAGCAUCCAGUUAUUUUUUUUUGUUAACAUUUUAAGAUGCUCGACCAUGUGCAAAUAGAUAGCAAUGCUCAUAUACCUGCAGAGGCAACUAACCUAUAAGAGUAAGUAGUGCACUGUGACCUCAAUGAGCCAAUGAUACCCUAUAGAUGCCUUCACAGUAUUGUCAAGACUACACUGCAGAAUCUCUGCUUGGUGGAGAGAAAGGGAAUAAGGGGUGGAAAAAAAAUCUACCACAUACAACAGUGUUAGAUUCUAUUGUAUACUACUGAUGCAAAGUUACGUCUUUUAUUUACAGCAUUGCAUGCAGUUUGCUGGCUCCAAAAUAUCAAUCGCAAUGACUUGUUUUAAGGUUGCUUUAAAUGCUAUUUAGUCCAAAAGCCUCUGUAAAUAUCUGGGUAAUUCUGAAUAUAGAUUGCAAUUGCUAUUAUGAAAAUCUGCAACACAUGCUAUAUUGCCUUAUCAAAAUUGUUUCCAGGCCAUGUCAGUCAGUUAGCUGGAAAGUAAUUCUUGCAGUGUUGUGAUGCCUAUGUAGGUAUGUGGGGAAGUUGCUGUCUAUUUAUUGUGGUUGUUUUUGUUAAUUAUUUCUUCUGAUUAGUACAGGAGAAAUUUCCUUUUUGCUUUGUUUUUAAAUAAAAGGUUGACAUGAAGAGGUAUGUUAAUUCUGGAGUUCCAAUCUCCACUGCAUUCAGGUUUAUUAUACUGCAUCAUGGUAUUAGAUGCUUGAAAACAUGCUGUUUUUUCCUCCAGUCUCAGCUACAUGAAGGAAAUGAAGCAUGGAAAUAGAGAAAUUACAGUGAAGCAAUUGAGCCCGUCGUUCAUCUCUCAGAGAGGAACACUGCUACAAGGACACGCCACUGUCAUUGUUCUUCUGAGCCAUUUCUGUGUCUGAGAAAGAUUUGAAUAAAAUGUUUUUACUUUGCAUUUUCAAAAGGAGACUACAGAGGCAGUCUGUAAUGCAAGUUGUAGUUUUCAAGGUCAUCCAUUCUAUGUGCUCCAACAAUUUAAACAAACCUGCUCCUUCCAUCAAGUUCCCUACCUCUUUUGCUGCCAAGGAAUCACAGCAAAAGACUCUUUUACAUUUCUUUCAUAUGUUAAGCAGUGUGAUACGAUUAGCACCAGAAUCCAUCUUCAGAUCCUUCCUGACGCUCAUAAGUAUUUUUCCCUAGGGAGCUAAAUUCAUAACAUAUCAUCUUUGCACUGGUUCAGGUGUGCCAAACUAGAAAGAUGAUUGCAGUCGGUUAAAAUAAUGUUGAAUUUUUUGAAGUAGGAUUUCGUAGAAUAUGACAAGUUUUUAUGAUUCAGGCAAUAUUUAUAUUUUAGCUGUCCUGAUUUAUUACUAGCAGAUAAGACAUGUACUCAAGUAGAAUAGUACUUUAUUUUAAUAGUCUGUUCCUAUUUUCUUCUAUAUUUCUUCUGUCUUGCUAAGAUUGGUUGUGGAGUUCCUGAAUAAGGUCCCAGUCCUGAAAACAUUAUCCCACAUACUUGGGCUUACAAACUAUGCAGUAGCUACAUAUGAAACCUUGAACUUGUUUGCAGGAAUAGGACCUAAGGAGAAAGAAGGGACUCCAUAGAGGAUUUAUGCACAAGCUAAGUAAGCUACAGUUUGAGACCUCAAAUUAUGAGUUGCCUCUAAAUGCAAUCUCUCUCUCCAAAAUGAAAUUGCCCUGUUUUGGUAAUUCUAUGAUGCUUCUUAAAUUUGACAUAUUUUAGGGCAUCAGCAUGUCUACAGUCCUAUCAAAUGAUCAGAUUUCUUCCCAGAACAGCGAGUCUCCCUAAAUCAAGAAGCAAAUAGUUGCAGUCUUCCCAAACUUUUGUAACAAAGUAAAUCAGUUGGACAAAUUUGUUUUUGUCCUAGACAAGCAGAUCAGUAGAAAACCCAGUGAGGAAAGAGCUGAUAAGAUCUCUGUGUGCUUCAAAGCCAAUAAGGGAGCACCAUAAAGAAGAGAAUGAUUCUCUAAAAUUUUGAGUAUUUAUCUGGAGAGUGUCAGCUAAUACAAUCUCUCAGUUGCACAGAUGGAUAUUGGGAACAAAUUUAUGUCUACUAUUGAGCAAAUGAAUAUUUACACACUAGGAGAGAUAUAAUAAAGAAGCUUGUGUUUUUCCUAGCAACUGUUGGCAACACUAUAGGGAAGUCCACCAUACUCAUUUUUAAAACACAGGCUCAAGAAUUUUAUGCUGUCUUGGAAAUGAUUUUUUCUAAGGAGGGACAGGACUCUUGUAGGAAAAAAACACCUUUAUUAUAACGAUAAUACAAGUGAGAGAGAAAUUAUCUUAAGCUUUGUAAUUCUUGCAGCUCAGCAUUUUCAACAAACUAUGAAAGUGGCCUUCAGUUUCAUCAAAAAGAAUAAAAUUACAUCAUGCACAAAACAGUUGGGCAUACCUUUGAUAACUUCUUUUGUAGACAAUGAUUGUUUCAUGAUUCAGUAGAUUUGCUUCUAGUUGUGUGUGUGUGUGAAUGACAUCAUCCAUUUGUCACAUAUGUAAAAAAAAUCAAUUAAACAUUUCAAGUGUAUGAAACUCAGUAACAAAUUGAGCUGCCAGAGUUAUGUAGGUGCUAUGAAAAGAGGUUUCAUAGAAAACUGUUUGUUCCCAGGAAAGUGUAGUUCAGGACUGGGAUCUGAAGAGCUACACAACUAGUUCCUCAUACCUGACAAAGCAUACAGUCUGUUUCUCAAACUUCAGUCUAUCAUACCGCAUAGCAACCAAUUUUAGAAACUGGGAAAACAUUCAAAAACAGUUGGUGAUAUGACUUUGCGGUUUGCUGUUAAAAAGAAAAAGUUAAAAAUCCUACAGGGACAUGGUAAUGUCCUUUAAUGAACAUCAGUCCUGUCCAUAUAUCUACAUUUAGCUAUAGACAUGCUGAUUCAAGCAGAUAUCCCUCAAAGGAGAAAGAACUGUAAUGUGCAAAUAUGUCCCUCUCUCUUUUUUAAAUAAAACUGUGUAACAUUUUUAUAAAAUAUUUCAAACGUUA